AUGGGAGCUUAUAGUGCCUCACCAGGCAAGCUUGUACCCCAGGUUAUAAGGUCAUUACCAGCUUUUCGUGGUGGAGUUAUCGUGGUGGAGACUUCCCCCAAACCGAGAUUGAGCUUGGAAGCAUCAUUGGAGGAGGUAUCUGGUACAAUAGAGCUUGUUCUGGAGUAUGAAACGAUUCGCUUGCACCUGACUGAAAUCUCCUCCUCCACAGGUGUGACAGGUCUGGAAAUCGUGUCGAAGCUCUCUUUGGAAUAUCCGUUAGGGUUUAUGCCACUGAUCCACGCCUACGCCCGCACGAUUCGGCAGUGCGCCGCCAAUCUCCCCGACGCGAUCUCUCUCCACUCUUGCAUUGCGGCGGCCGGAUUCGGCACGGAUCCAGAUCUCGGAGCGCUGCUCAUCCAGCUCUACGGCAAGUGCGGCAGCGUCGAUCGAGCUCGAUCCCUGUUUGAAUCGCUGCCCCGGAAGAGCUCUCUGUGCUGGAAUUUCGUCAUCGGCGCGUACGCGGGCAAUGGACGAGGGGAAGAAUCGCUGUAUCUCUUUCGGCGAAUGGCACUCGAGGGAGAGAGGCCCGACCGGCACACGUUUGUUCGAGUUCUUGGAGCUUGCACGAACACGGCUCAAGGUACCGCAAUCCAUCGCCAUAUCUCUUCCUCGGGGCUGGAAUUUGAUCUCAUGCUCCAAAAUUCUCUCGUGGCGUUGUAUGGUAGAUACGGGAGGGUCGAUCUCGCGAGAUCCGUGUUCCAAUCCAUUCCGGAGAAGAGCCUGGUAUCCUGGAACGCGAUGCUCACCGCAUAUGCCCGGAACGGGCAUUCGAGAGAAGCCGCUCAUGCUUACAACGAGAUGAUCUUUACCGGCAUUGAGCCGAAUGAGAUCUCGUUUUCCAGCGGUCUCGGGUCCUGCGACGAUCUGGAGCUGGGGCGAUCAAUCCACACGAGAACUCUAGCGGAGUUUCCUGCGAUUUUCUUCGAGGCAAUGGCGCAAACCUCGAUCGUAAGCUUCUACUCGAGGCUUGGUCGUGUGGAGAUCGCCAGAGCUUUCUUGGAGGAGACAAAGGUGGCGAGUGUGGCUCCGUGGAACGCUAUGAUCGCUGGGUAUGCCCAGCACGGGCUUGUCAGGGAAGCUCUCGGGGCAUACCAUUCCAUUGACUUGGAGGGGCUAGAGCCGAAUCACAGGACUCUCACCACGGUUCUUGGUGCCUGCUCGAGCUCCAGGGACUUGAAAAUCGGAAAGAUGAUCCAUUCGCGAGCUGUUUGCUGUGGAUUCGACAAGGAAGAUCAAGUUCUCCAAGUCGCUGUUGUGAACUUCUAUGGGAAAUGCGGGGCAGUGGCCGAUGCUCGACGAGUUUUUGAUGGCAUCGCGCAGAAGAGCGUCGUGGUGCAUACUGCCAUGAUUGGUGGAUAUGCACAACACGGGCAUAGCCUCGAGGCACUGGAGAUCUACCAUGCGAUGAACGUUCCGCCCAACAGAGUGACAUACUCCACUGUUCUAGCUGCGUGCUCGACUUUGGAGCAAGGAAAGGCGAUCCACCAGCGAAUUCUUGCAAGUAAGCUCGAGAACACUGGCCUUGUUUUGGAGACUGCUUUGGUGAAGAUGUAUGCUAGCUUUGACGACUGUGCUUCUGCCAGGGGCGUUUUUGAUCGAAUGGAGCGGCGAGACUUGGUGGCAUGGAACACGAUGCUCGGGGGAUAUGUCCAGAGCGGUCGAGGGAAAGAAGCGCUGGAGCUGUAUGAAGAUAUGAAGAUGGAUCCCGACUCCACAACUCUGUCGACGCUUCUCGGUGCGUGUUCUUUGCUGGGAGAUUUGUCAUCCGGUAAGAUCUUUCAUGAGCUCCUGAUCGAGAGAAAGAUGAUGCAAGCUGACGCGUUCCUCUGCAGCUCGCUGGUGAACAUGUACGCCAAGUGUGGGAGCGUCGGGACCGCGAGAGAAGUUUUUCACGCAUUCCGAGCUGGUUUUGGCGCAUCGUCCGUGCUCUGGAACACAAUCCUCGCGGCGCUGGCUCACACCGGAGACUCAAGCCAGAGCCUGGAGUUGCUGCUGGAAAUGGAGCUGGAGGGUGUGACCCCGGACUCGACCACUUUCGUGUGUGCUCUCGUGGCCUGCAACCAUGCCGGGCUUCUCCAGCGGGGGCGCGUGGAUUUUGCUCGGGAAGUGGUGGAGGGAAUGCCGUUUGAGGCGGAUGCUGUGGCUUGGAAGGCGCUGCUGGGAUCAUCCAGAGGUAGCAUCGAUCUGGAAAAAGCGGCUUUUGCCGCACAGAGGCUUGUGGAAAUGGACGAGGAGCUUGGACAGGCUUUUGUGCUGCUCUCCAAUGCUUUCUCCUCGGACUCUCACGUUUUGUAGUUUAAAAGUGAGCGCCAUGGACGAGUGGGACAAAUAGGAUGUUGCAUUGCGAGGAGUUGACGAGGAAAAUGAGCAAGAGAAACCAAAGCCAGUGGCAUCAAAGUCUAAAGAAAAUGACUUUGUGGCCAAAGGUGUUCCACAGAGGCGUUCUUCAAUCUAAGCUUCCAUCAUCAAUAACUAAUCCAAAACCUUGGCGA